AUGAAUAGACAUAUAAUCUAUUUAAUCAGUAUCAAUCAAUUCAAACUCUCAAAGAUUAUGCGGAUGUGAGUAUAAAAGGAACUCACUAAGGCUGGGAAAGGCACAUCUAACAAAAUGUUCAGAUUUAUCGCACUCGCCGCUCUCCUGGCUACGGCCGCCGCUGUCCGCCCCCGCCUUGAUGGCAGGAUUGUUGGAGGUGAUGACGCCAACGUCGAGGACUUCCCUUACCAGUUGUCCCUGCAGUCGUACGGCAGCCACAUCUGUGGUGCUUCCAUCAUCAGCAGCAAAUGGGCCGUGACCGCCGCUCACUGCACUGACGGUUCCUCUGCCUCUUCCCUCAGCCUCGUCGCCGGCAUCAGCAACCUCGACGAAUCUGGCCAGAAGAUCAAGAUCGCCAAGAUCCACCAGAACCCACAAUACAGCAGCUGGGAUAUCGAUUACGAUAUCUCCGUUCUGGAACUCGCCACUGAAAUCGAACUUGGCUCCACUGCCCAACCUGUUGGUUUGCCUUCUGACGGUAGCGACCCAGCUGCUGGAACCGAUGUUGUCUGCUCCGGCUGGGGCACCCUCUACGAAGGUGGCUACGUUUCCGACCAACUUCAGUCUGUCACCGUCCAGAUUGUCAGCCGCGAGGAUUGCAAUGACCAAUACGGAUCCGGCUCCAUCACCGACAGGAUGAUCUGCGCUGGUGUCCCAGAGGGAGGCAAAGACGCUUGCCAGGGUGACUCUGGUGGCCCACUUGUUGCCAACGGCCAACUUGUCGGUAUUGUUUCCUGGGGUUACGGCUGCGCUCGCCCAACUCACGCUGGAGUCUACUCCAACGUUGGUGCUCUCCGCAGCUACAUCAAGGAACAAUCCGGUCUUUAAAUCUAUCAUUUGAUUGGAUGAGAAAAUAAAAAUAAAAGCAUUUAACAUUUA